UCCGCUAACGGUGGCGGAUGGAGUUGACGUGACAGCCGAGGUAAAACAUUUUACAAACUAUUACGCUCAGCCGCUGCCAGAGUGUUACAUUUACUCAAUUUCGAAAUAUAUUUGAAGAGAUGGAAGUGAAUCGCACGGACUUCUACAUCGGGCUGUCUCUGGCUGUGAGCUCCAGUGUGUUUAUCGGAGCGAGUUUCAUCCUGAAGAAGAAAGGCCUGCUGCGGCUGGCGGGGAAGGGCUCCAUGCGGGCAGGUCAAGGAGGAUAUGCUUAUCUGAAAGAGUGGUUAUGGUGGGCAGGACUUAUUUCAAUGGGAGCCGGAGAGGCUGCUAAUUUUGCUGCAUAUGCGUUUGCACCGGCCACCCUGGUGACCCCUCUCGGGGCACUGAGUGUACUCGUCAGCGCUGUGCUCUCCUCAUACUUUCUGAAUGAGCGGCUGAAUGUUCAUGGGAAGAUUGGUUGCUUGCUGUGCAUCAUGGGCUCCACAGUCAUGGUCAUUCAUGCACCGCAGGAAGAGGAGGUAGCCUCGCUCACUGCCAUGGCUGAGAAGCUCAAAGACCCAGGUUUCAUUGUGUUUGCUGUGUGCGUUGUGGGAAGCAGCCUGGUUCUUAUCUUUGCCGUGGCUCCUCGGUUUGGACAGAAGAACGUGCUGGUCUACAUCCUGAUCUGCUCUGUGAUUGGCUCCCUCUCCGUGUCUUGCGUGAAGGGCCUGGGCAUCGGCAUUAAACAGCUGUUUGCGGGGACGGCGGUGCUGAAGGAACCCCUGUUCUGGGCCCUGCUCAUCUGUCUGAUAAUCUGCGUCAGUGUUCAGAUCAGCUACCUGAACAAAGCUCUCGACAUAUUUAACACAUCGAUUGUCACCCCGAUUUACUACGUCUUCUUCACCACGUCCGUAAUGGCCUGCUCCGCCAUCCUCUUCAAGGAAUGGUUGAGCAUGACCACCGAUGGAGUAGUUGGGACGAUUAGCGGCUUCCUCACCAUAAUCUUGGGAAUUUUCCUCCUCCAUGCCUUCAAAGACAUUACGUUUAGUUGGGACUCCCUUCCUCUCUGUGUGAAGAAGGGCUCGCAGGGUUUUUCAUGGGGCCAACAGCCUUAUGUGGCUCUUCCCACUCAUGAUUUGGAAGCAGAGGAUGAGACGAAGCUGUCCAGAGAAGGAGGCUCAAAAGGCGGAUGGGGAGCACACCAGAGAGUCUUUUAAGGACCGCGACCCUUAUCAGAGAGAAAACAAAAACUAAACUGAAGCUUUAAUAGACAUCACAACUUUAAAAUGUGACAAGUCAUCUUAAUUUGAAUGUCAAGUCUGUCUUGCACAAUACAGAAAUCACUGGAGGAGCAAGGUUGGCCCAAUUUAACCCACAUAAUGCCAUGACUACUCAUUUAAAAUUCAUAUUUUUAGCUGAAGCGGAUGGUACGAGCAUGUUUUCUUUCCUUUGGCAAGGAAAGGAAAAAAACAAACAUAUUGCAGCAUUGUGUAUAAUUUAUCAUUUUAAUGUCUGAACUGUUUUUGUUACGCCACUUAAGUGUAAAAGUAUAUUUUUAAGAUUGAAUGUGAGCCUUUAAAAGCCAAUUGUGCCUCCUGUUACUGAAAACAUGACCUUUUCAUAAUUUUGUACAUUUUAAUCUUGAGCAUACGAUUGCAUGAACUAUUUGACAGCCAGUGUUAAGGCCACGGGCCCUGAAUGCUUACUCUUGUGUCCUAACUUGUUACCUCAGAACUGAAUACACAAAUCAUCCCAAAGAACAAAUUUACUUGUGUGAUUUAAUUCCCAACAUGUGCUAAACAGGAACAUAUCUGAUAUUGUAACUUUACUUUUUUUUAUUUAUUUGAUGAGGAUAAUUAAAAUUGUGAGUAGUUCAACAGUU